UCCGUGCUUUUGCCAGAUCAGUUGCGCUCGCUUGUUUCGUCGUCGCGGAUGUGCGUGUUGAAUGUUUUGCCGAGGGGAGUAGAGUGCGCUUUGUUUUCACGCGUCGUGGUUUUAAUCGCGACCGGGUCGGACGCCUGUGGACAACGGUAAAAGUGACGGAAUUUUGUUUGUUGACAGUUUUUUGGGUGCCGGUGAUUUUGUUUGCAACAGUGACUGAAGUGAAACAAUAAAAAGUGCAGUGUUUCGGAAAUAAUUGAAGGUGAGAUUCUUGGCUCUGAUGUAACCGAAUGUGUAUUAAAAAGUGAACCGUUUUAGAAAUCAGUUAAAAGAUCGUUCGACGAAUGGAUGUAGCAAUAAAAUUCUGAUCGAUAACGAUUGUUGGUCAUCUAGCGAGAGUGAGUAAAUAAAGAAGACUAAAGAAUUCGAUACAGAAAAAAAAUAACGAUCAAAAGCUAGUACCAGAGAAUGUAAGACUGACCACCGCACAGUUUAAAGUUGCACAGUUUUUUUUGCACGCCGGUAUCUAACGGAGCCGGAGAAGACUGGCCAAGUCUGCUGGAAUGCAUCAGACAUCAGCACACCAUAGGAAGAAGCCUCCGUACAUGGUUGGGCAGCUGAUUUAUUGUGUUUAAUUAUCGCCGGCUGCCUGGCUGUUGGUUGGCGGAACGUGACGUCGCGCUCCAAAGUCGCGAACCUUGGCCAAGAAUCACGAUUUUACUUGAGACGAAGAAGAAGAAGAGUGGUGAAGAAACCGGCAAAAUAUUUGCGGCAAGUGCUUGUUUCCGUUUGAGGUGUAGUGCCAAAGAAGAAAGAAAAAAAGAAAGAAGAAAGAGUGCGGAAAAAUGAGCUAUUCGAAGCAAUAAAAGCGUGGUAAUAGAAAGUAGAAAAUGAUCACCAACAAGUGCAUUAUGGUGAAGGGAAUUCUGAAGAACCAGGUGGAAGAAGUGUUGUAGCUGCUGCAGUACUCGUAGUAGGUAGUGCGCGGUAACGACAGAGCACUGUCUGUCGGUGUCGUCAGGUGUGCGAUGAAUUAAAAGAGAAAAGAAAAGCGAGCAAGCAAGCAAAAAAAAAAAGGGCAACACAAAGAAAAAACCGAAUCGUGAGAGAAAGAAGCCAUCGAAACAAGAAAGACACCUUCUUCUGUCUGCUAGGAACGCGGUCAAGUUCGAGAAAGUCAGACACUCGCUCGCACCGAGAGAUGAAAGAGAAAAGAUUGCACUUGUCGAAGUCGUCUGCAUCGCCAAAAAUGCAUGCCCUACUUGCGGUUGGUUUGGCGACGGCGACUGUGCUGCUGUGUCUUUCACCGCCAGUGGAAGCCGCUCAACGGCAACCGGUCUACAUUAACAAGUGCUGCCGGGUCGGAGAGUACUACGACGAUACGCAGCAACUGUGCGUGGCAGGAGGUAUUGCCAAAUGGGUCCCCAAGGUGUUCCUCCCGGCGAAGAACCAAAUCUACACCGACGUUGGUAACGCUCCGGUUCACAUGAAGUUUCUGGAGAACAAGCGGCCCGAGGGUUGCAAAGUGACCGCGUACACCACGGAUCAGAUCCUGCUGAUGGGCAAUGGGUCGCUGUUCUUGAGCCAGAAGCACACGCUCGUGUCGUCGCCGGAGUACUGUGUGGACGAGAAGGUGGCUUUGGUGUGCGCCCGGGAUAACGGAAUGGACUCGUUGCAAGCGCCGGAGAAGACCAGUUCGGUGUGGCGGUGCUGCGGUCCGAAUUUGGCCUAUGACCGGCUCAAUCAGACCUGCGCCAAGUUGGAUCAGUCGCACGUGAGUUAUGGCGCCAAAAUUGUCACGUCUGCCCACGUGGAUUUGAGUUUUGGGUUUCCGGCCUGUAAGGAGCACGUGAUAGCGGGAAAUUUUAAGCCGGAAAAUCUGCGGGAGGACACCGGUUCGGUGACGAUCGAUUCGGGCAAGAUUUUGGCCUCGAAUGAGUACUGCUUGGAGCAGGCACUGGACGGGAAGGCGGUGUACGUUUUUACCUGCAGGGAGCAUGUGCAGCCGAUUUCGGUGCCGGUCGAGAAUACGGAUGUCCGCUUUGCUCUGUACGCCGCCGGCCUGCUCGUUUCGGUCAUAUUUCUCGGGGCGACCCUGGCCACCGGCUAUCUGGUGACCUCGCAGCAUCACGUACUGCACUGGCGCUGUCAGACGCACUACGUUGCGUGCCUGCUGAUCGGGGACCUCUUCCUGGCCAUCGUUCAGCUGUCCGGAGAGACGAUAACCGGUCCGGCAUGCACAAUGAUAGCUAUCAUCGUUCAUUUCUUCUUCUUGGCUGCCUUCUUCUGGCUGAACACAAUGUGUUUCAAUAUUUGGUGGACAUUCCGUGAUUUACGCCCGACGUCGCUGGAGAAGAGCCAGGAGAUUUGCCGACUGCGGAUCUACGAGGUGUACGCCUGGGGUGUACCGUUGGUCAUUGCCGGUGUGGCAGUGAUUCUGGACAAUCUACCGGACAGUGACGCUACCUAUCUGAGGCCGAGAUUUGGCGAACACAAGUGCUGGUUCCGUGAUGACGAUCUGGAGAUACUGACCUACUUCUACGGACCGGUGGGCAUUCUGCUGUUCAUCAAUUUGCUUCUGUUUGCCUCCACGGCUCGACAGUUGACCUGUGGUCUAUGGAAACGGGACGAUGUCAAGUCCACCACGGAACGCCGCGGUCUGGUUUCUUCUCCCUCUUACAGCGCUGCCCUGGGACGAGUCUGCAUGAAGCUGGUGGUCGUCAUGGGCAUCACCUGGGUCGCCGACGUCGCGUCCUGGGUGUUCAAGGGACCGUACUACAUCUGGCUGGUGACGGAUCUGAUCAACGCACUGCAGGGGGUGUUCAUCUUCAUCGUCGUCGGCUGCCAACCGCAGGUCUGGUCCGCGAUAAAGCGCCUGUGGAACUCGAAAACGGGCCGUUCGCUUACCAACACCACCCACGGCCCGCAGCACUCCAGUUCGUCCCAUGGGCUACCCUCGAUGGGAGAGUCCAUUACGAAUAACACCUGCACCAACAAUACGACCACGACGACCAACUCCCAGGCGAACAACAACGGCAAUCGGGUUCCCAUGGAGACGGUGUGCUAGGAUGACAAAGGAUCGCAGCAAGCACCCACCCGGAGGAAGGUAAUAGUCUCGUGUAGGAUCAAAGGAGCCUAGGAUUUCCUUAUGGUUGGGAAUGAAUUGAUUCUUUUUUAUUAUUAUUGAAAGGAAAUCGAAUUUUGACUGUAGUAGGCUAGAAGCUUCCACUAAUAUGAGCGGUUUUUUCGAGAAAUUUAGAACGCAUUUACAAACCAUACUGCCAAUUACGAGUAUAGUUCUGUGUAAACGAGAAAGUAAACUGGUUGGAUUAAAGAGUUGCAAUCCGGUGAAAAAAAAUGACGAAUCGGAAGAUGUUUCCUUAUUUGUUUUCCUGUACAUAUUUGUUUUUUGAGAAGCAACUGUUUCGUUUACUUGCGCUUUCUGUAUAUUUCUGAAAUGUUGUGAUCACAUACGUUAGACCUUUUUCGUUUUCUUCAGCAAAAUUUAAAGCUUUAAUUAGUAAGGUAGUUUUAUUUCUUUUAUCUCACCUCCUUUUAACGCUUUCGUUCAUAAAAUAACGAAAUCAAUGCAGAAAAUCCUUGUUCACAAGAACAAUCUCCUUAAAAGUGUCCUUCUUUCCUUACUUACCUCUUAUGUGGCUUAUGUUCGUUACUCUUAUGUGUAAAUAUUGUAAUAUUUAUUCAGUGUAUUUUGUCUAUGAUAAGUAUGCCCCCACAAAAUGCAGCCGAUAAUGAACAAAAGCUAAGAUAAACGACUGACAAUUUAGCAUAAAUUAGCAUAAACCUGACCAGGAUAAAUCCAAACAGCUAUUCGCAAAUUUUCAUGUCGUCAUUUUUUGAGGUGUAGCUAUUACGUAGGACAACCAACAGUCAGUUCAAACUACCUGCGUUUUUGGAACCAUUUUAACCAGUCGUUAGUAUUUUGGAAUUUUAGGUGUUUUAGAAAAAUAUAUAUGAAUAAUGUCAAAAUUAACAAACAGCUGUCAGCAGCGUCCAGAUACAAAUCGAUAAUAAAUUCGUAGUGAGCGAUCAAUAACACAGAGUCCCACCGGUGACGUUAGUCGUAUGAAUAAUAACGAAAAUUGAAUACAUGGAAACAUUUUCUCCAAUUAGUAGUCGAACGAAGUACAAUAUCUCUUCUAGAAGCUGUAACAGAACACCACUGUCUGUCUUUACUAGUCGGAAAACAUGAAACUCUUAUCAGUAUCAUCGAGACCUCUACUCCUCCACAAAUAGUAGCUAUUCAAAUUCGUUCGUUCGCUGUUUGCCUUUUGACUUCGAUUCUAGACCAAUUUCCAUCACUUUUCCACUUGCCAUCAAUCGAAUGCAUCUUCAAUCAAUUCAUAUAAACACAUAUACAUACAGUAUUUGCAGUCACUGGAGGUAACAACUUGUUAGUGUUAGGAUUCAUGUAAACAUACAAAAACAAUACAUAUAUCAUCAUGAGAAAUCUACGUAACAACGCGCUAUGACUAACUUUUAACGCCCAAACUAGAGAAAAAGAAAUGUCGCCGAAGUAUGUAUGUAAUCAAAAGUCGCAUUAUUCUGAAUCAUAGAAAACAUAUACAUAUUAGAUUGUAGGGAACUUGUAAAACUCUUAACAAAACCUUCGAGCUAGUGCGCUACAACUACAAGAUAAUAACAUUUUUAUGCAAACAAACACAAACACCUAAUUAGACGCUCUAAGCACCCCUAAGCAGUAGACCAAAAGCGAAGCAGACUCGAAUUAUAAGCUAUACAAAGUGAACAAUAAUUAUUACGAUUAGCUAUUAUGGUAGCAAUAGGUACUUUAAACAGGUGAAAAUAGAUGAGCCGGCGCGCCGCUUGUCCGAAUAAAAUCAACAAACCAGAAAGUAAA